AUGUACCCCGGAAAUUCACCUUCCAACUACAUCAACCUCCAUAACUUACCACUUAUAAUGCUUCGGCUUGCCGGAUUGAGAACAGUAUCGGCAAGAGCUCGUACGUUGAGAGCAGCUCUGCUUUUGCGCCGCUACUCGGAUGUUCCUACAGCCGAAAUUCCACCAGAAACCAUAUCUAUCGUACCAACCGUCUCUCUGCUCACAGACGAUGCUGGGCUAUUCAAGAAUGAGUAUGCGGGCUCUUUGAUAACUCAUCUUCAAAGCAGAAAUCUCAUAGAGUCGCUCACGAGCGACAAUUUGUUCGAAUUGACCGAGGAAGGUCAACCCAAACUAAACGUGUACUGUGGCGCUGAUCCAACGGCAAAAUCGUUGCAUUUGGGCAACUUGCUUCCUCUUAUGGUGGCUCUACAUUUUGCCUUACGUGGCCAUGGCGUUGUGGGCCUUGUAGGUGGUGCAACUGGUGCCAUAGGAGACCCUAGUGGAAGAACCACAGAGAGAUCGCAGAUGGAACAAAUUGAGAGGGAGAACAACGUGGCUAGAAUCAGAGGCCAAAUUGAGGGCUUUUUCAAGAACGGUUUUGAGUACGCCAAGUCGAGAAAUGUGCCGGGCGCAAGUGACACGGCACUUCUACAGCAGAACGUGAAAUCUGUCAACAACGCCGACUGGUGGCAGUCCGUGAAGUUCCUUGACUUUUUGGCUUCUUUUGGUCUGCUCAUCCGUGUGUCUCAGAUGUUAGCUCGUGACUCCAUUCUGUCUCGUUUGGAUUCUCAACAGGGUAUUGGCUACAACGAGUUCUCCUAUCAGAUUCUCCAAGCUUACGAUUUCUGGCACCUCAUGAAAGAGCACAGUGUUAAUGUUCAAGUUGGUGGCAAUGACCAAUGGGGUAACAUCACCGCUGGAAUUGACCUUAUUUCCAGAGCUCAGAAGAAGUACGGUGGAUUGGGCAAUAAAAAGAGUGAACUCCCUGCUUUCGGUGUGACUGUACCCUUGUUGACGACCCCCAAGGGUGAAAAAUUCGGUAAGUCUGCCGGAAAUGCUGUGUUCAUUAGCAAAACCAUGACUUCUCCAUACCAGCUUUACCAGUUUUUCAUCAACACAGAGGACGAAAUGGUGGCCAAGCUCUUGAAAAUGUUUACCCUUCUUCCUCUGGAGUCCAUUGAUGGUCACAUCCUUCCAAAACACGAAGAUGAUCCGGGUCUUAGAAUUGCCCAACGUGUUUUGGCAAGAGAAGUUGUAGACUUGGUCCAUGGACCAGGUGUGGGCGACGAGAUGGCAUACAUCACGAGUUUCUUGUUCCCCACUCCUGACCAACCUUUUGAUGAUGACUUAACUGCCGACAAGCUCAUCCUGAAGUUCAAGAAUUCAGGUAUUUUGCAGCAAGUCAGCUUGUCGUCUUUCAAAAACCCAGACGAUUUGAAGCUUAGCACUCUUCUUGCUACAAUCUUGGGUAAAUCUAAGAGUGAAACAAAAAACACUAUUCGCGCCGGAGGCGUAUAUCUCGGUUUGAACCGCGACCAACUUUUGGACCAGGAUGAUGUCGUACUUUUCGACAAGGAGAACCACUUGGUUGACGGAAAGUUGCUUCUUGUUAGAGUUGGAAAGCAGAAUUACUCAGUGGUGGAAAUUACAGAGUGA